AUGAAAAAAAUUAAAAUCAACCCAAAAUUCGGUCAAUUAACAAACUCUUUAACCAAACUCAUUAAUAUCAAAAACGAACUAAUUGAUAUCUUAUUAAAUUCAAAAUCAAAUGACCCAAAUAGCAUAUCCUUUAAUUGGUUGUUACAUUUCACCUCAAAAUGUUUUAUAAAACAAGCUGAAACUGAAAUAGGUCCAUCUUUCAACUCGACUUUACCUCUUGCAACUCUAUGUUACUACGUUUUAAUUGAAAUCCCUGAAUUCCGUCAAAUUAUGAUGGCAAAAUUUAUUAAAAAAUGCCCCUUCAUCAUUGGUUUCACAUGUCCAAUUGAUACUGAAAAUGGCAGACUCUUAAUGGGCUGGAAAAAACCAAAUAAAUCCAGUUCUGCUUUUGAAUCUUUAGAAAGAUAUAAUGAAAGAGUUGGUGGUAUCUUUUCAUUAUAUGCAGUUCUAACAAGAAUAUCACUCUUAAGAGACCCAAUGUAUUCUAAUAUAACUUAUGAUAAACUACCAAUCACGAUAAAUGAUGGUUGGACAAUGGUAGCAAAAAUUCUAAACAUUCAAGACGAAAGUUUAAUCACUGAUACCCACUUCUUUAUUUUGGGUAAUUGGUGGGACGGUUGUGCAACUGAAUUUUUAAAUGCUUUUGGGAGACAAGCCGAAAAAUUACUAAAAUUUAUUGCAUUUGAAUUUACUAAAAAUUUUAUUAAAUCUAGUCCAUCUGCUUUGAGAUUAAUGACUUUGGGAGAACUCUGGAUAAAUGAAAACAAAAUUGAAAUAAUUCCUCCAAUGGUUUAA